UGUUAUAUUUCCUUAGCUACGAAUUGGAUUUGAAUCAACAACAGAUGUACACAAGCCAUUCAAUGUAAGGAAACUAUUCAAUGUGAUUGCUUGAAAAGUUCUUUUGCAAAAAAUUGCAUGAUACAAUAUUUCACAAUGACUUCCUCAAUUGCAAACGAUGCUAUAACUUCAUCUCUUGAUGAUGCAUUUGAUGUUACUAAUAUGGAGCAACCAGGAAUGAGACUUACCAAAAAAUUGUGGACAGACACAAAAUCUUUGACGGUGCCAAAUGUUCUGGAUCCAGACGACUCCUUGAUGAAGAAAUUCCAAAAUGCUUUACGAGAGCAUCUCAUCCGCGUUGACAAUAAGUUAAACAGCGAGAUAUUAGAUCUUGAGGCUGAAAUAAGAUCUAUAGAAAAGGAGCAUGAAACAGAAAGCUUACAAUUGUACUAUGCUCAACAGGAAAUUACACAGCAGCAAAAGGCAAUUGAAAAAUAUCAAAAUAUGAUUACAAAUGUAAUUUCAUUACGUGAAGAAAAAGAAACACAAGUAAAGGAUGCGAAAGAUGUUCACAAGACUGCUCAUGCAAAGUUGCUUGAUGAAAAAAAGAAGGAAGAGAAUCUUAAGCAAGAGUUGGAGCAACUUACAGAUUUACAGGCACAAUUCUCAGAGUGGGAAGCAAAGCUCAAAAGCAAUUUGACUAUUUCUAAGCAAGUGUCAAAGAAAGAUGAGGCACUUCAACAAGAUCUGAUUGCUCAGAAGCAGCAGAAGGACUGUAUAAUAUUUAAACUCAUGGAAGAAGUAUGGAAAAUGAAGACUGAGAUAGCAAACUUAGACGUACAAAUACAGCUGAAAAAUAAGGAGAAAAUUGAAACAAAUCAGAUGAUUGCCGAUGUUAAUGCUGAUCUGGAAGCGUUGCAUAAACAACACACAAAUUUAUGCCGUGCCUGGAAUGGAGUUGUACUAAAUAUUACUAAGCGAAAUAAAGUUUAUGAGGAAUUAAAUACAGAGCGUGAAAAAAUAUGUGACUCUUUUAAUACGUUACAAGCCGAAAUAGACAAAUUAAAGAAAGAAACGCACAAAGAAACAGAGAAUAAUGAGAACUUGACCUCAUUACAUAUGCGAAUAGAAAACAAUACACAAAUUACUACGACAUUGAUGGAAAUAGAAAAUGAUAAGCUUAAUAAUUUGCAAUCUGAGUUAGUAAAAUUAGCAAAAUUUAGUGAACAGGAGCAACAUGAAUAUGAUUUAAUACAAAGUAAAUGGCAAUAUCUAUUACAUGAAGAAGAAAAAACUAAUAAGGAGUUUGCAAAACUUCUGAAUAAGCAGAACGAGUUAGAAAAUACAAUAUAUAGCAAGCUGGAAGAAAAAAUUGCACAAGAUAAAGCAGCGCGGUAUUUGAACAAAUUAUUGUUAGAUUCUAAAGAGGUAAUACAAGAACAAGAAUUGUUAUUAGUAGAAACAGAAAAUUUAUGCGGCAAAAAGUUAUUGGAGCUAGAACAAUUAAAUUCUAACAUUCCUCAUGAAAAAAUAGAAUUAGAAGAACUAAUACAAAGAAAUGUUGCAAGAGAAAAAGAGAUAGAUGAAACUGAAAAAGAAAUUAAAAAGCACGAUACAGCAAUUGAAAGGAAACAAGUAAAAAUCAUUAACGUGAAUAAAAGUAUCGAAGAGAUAUUAUCGCAUACUGGCGGUGAAGAAAUUAAUCCGCUUGACAUGAAAAUAAUAACUUUGGAAAAAAAUAUAGAAGAGAGUCGACAAAAUAUUCAAAAAUCACAGCAAUUUUGGAUUCGUCAGGAAGGACACAUGAUUACACUAAGCCAACAAAGAGACACGCAACUGCAAGAACUUAAUCUGCUUAAUAAAGAAAUUAUGAUUAUGGAUCAAAAGAAUUUGAAAAUAGAGCAUGCCUUGGAAAUGUUGAAAAGGGAAGAGUCAAAAAUGGAAAGAGCGUUAAAUUUAUUGCAACAGAAAAUGGUGCAGAUAAAUACACAGUUAGUCGUACAGAAAGGACUGAAGGAAGAGCUUGAAGAUAAAACUUCUAUUACAAAAAUUGAGGGAAUGCAAUCUCUGAAGGACGCGGAAUUAAACUUAAUAAAGCUGGAAAGUAAUUUAAAGCAGCUGUAUGAGGAAAAAGCAUUUCUCAAGAACAAUCUAGAUGCAGCACAACACGAAAGUUUAUCAUGGGAGAAAAAGGUGCAGUUAAUGCAAGAGACAAUAAAGAAAUUAAAAAACGAACGUAGUGAUGGUGGCGAUAUCGCAGCAAUGAAGAGUGAAAUUCAUAAAAUGGAAAUGCGUCUAUCGCAUUUACGCAGAGUGCAAGAGAAGUUGAUCCACGACAUGGAGUUUUGCGUCACACGAAGAGAUAUUAUAUUAGACAAAGUAAUGAGCAAACUCAAGAAGGAUCCGAAAGGACAACACAAUCAGAAAGUUAUAUUCUCUAAACGUCAAGCUGAUCAAAAACUGAAGAUCAAGCAAAUCGCAAAGAAUACCAAAAAAACUGAAAAUAGAAUACUUGAACUGGAAAACGAAAUACAAGACGCAGUAGACAAAUAUAACGAAUCGCGAACGGAAUUAAAAAUGAUGGAAGGCGAUAUUCCAAACAUAGAUCAAGAAAUUAUACAAAAGGAAGCUGUAAAAUAUCAUAAUUUGCAAGCAUUAGUUUUCAAACAACGGAAAACUAAAAUGCUUCAAGACAUCAAAAGUGGUCGAUACAAGAUGCUUUUCAAAAGUGAAGCUACGCUAAGUGAAGAAUUCCAAAAUGAACAGAUUCUUCGCGACUAUUUGAAACAUGUAAUGGAACGGACAAAACAAGACUUUCCUUCGUUGAAAAAUAGUGUUCAAAAAAUACUUUUGACAUUAGAAAUAUCAUAAAAUCCCAAUAAAUAUUAACAAAGAAAUAAAAUACAAUAUA